ACACCAUUAUUUUUGUAACUUAACAUUUCGUUUAUUGUUUACAUUCUGUUUGUUUACUUUGUUAGUCUUGUCAAGUAUCAGCUGUCAAAUUCGACACACAGGAUAGAUUUUCAGUUGUUGUCUGUGGUCCUUUGAGAAAACUCGUGCUAGAUCGUCAUCGGACAGUGGUCAGUGGCGACAUGACGCUCAGAAGAAUGAUCGUGCUGACUAGCCACAGAGUAGUUUUGUGACGAUGAGCUGACAUCCCCGGUGACGGCUUUUUUCGGAACUGGCAAGGAGGCAAACCAUUCUCUGUCAGAACGUCUCGAGUGAAUGUGUGGUUAGAUUUUUCUUCCCGCCCGCGUGGCGCAGGCCGUAUUGGUACCAAGUUCCUUGCUUCAUAUUUCCUGUUACCAGAUACGUGCCACAGACACCCACGCAGCAUCACACCAUGUGUACCUAACCUGAAUUGCCGAGUGAGUAAACUAGCAUUUCGUUGUUAUUCGAUUUCCGAUGACUUUGGAUUUCGAAAGCCAUCUGCCUUGUCUUUAUUUCUACACGUAGCAACGUCUAACCCCGCGUAUUUCUUUUACAGCGAUUUCAAUCCUGCCCGGUGAAGCGUGCGAUUGCCAGACGCGUGUCACCUGACCCAACCCCAAGAAGGUGUCGUUGGUGACCAGAGCCGUCAGCGAGCCACGAGCCGUCCGGAGCUCCUGCCCUGGCCCCGUCCGACAGUCCAGGUUGGCCGUUGUAUGUUCGUUGAGCGGAUACUGAGGAAUUUCCUUAGGAUUUCUAUUAAUCUUCAGCGGCAUCAGCCUUCUAACGCCGCUGCUGAAUGUAGGAUUGCAAAGGCAGAACCCGGGUGGACUCUAGCGGGUUAAAACCUUUAUUUUAUUAUUUUUUUUUUCUUCAUAGGGAGCCCCGUUAGAAUGGGCAGUAGUAUCUAAAUUGCACUUUGAACCUUUUGUAGGCGCUAGGCUAUCAACGUCCUUCGGUUACGGGGCCUUAACGUUAAACUGCUAUCCCAUUGAAGUAAUAAAGAAGUUCCUCUGUGGUUAAUACCAUCCUUCUACCCCUGUGGCGUGAAACGCAGCGGUGGAACCUUGGUUUCUCCACUCUUAUAUAAUUUCCUUGCAAUACCUUGUGUACUUCAACCAGAUAAUUAUAAGGACUUAAUCCCUGGUCUCAUUUAAGUAGUAUAAGAGUUUCUCUGUGGUUAAUACCAUCCUUCUACCCCUGUGGCGUGAAACGCAGUGGUGGAACUUUGGUUUCUCCACUCUUAUAUAAUUUCUAUAUAAUAAAUAUUAAUAAUUGUACAACAUUCUGAUAUUUUUAUUUUCCACCUCAUUGUAAUUUCACCACCCACUACACAGUGGAAAAUAGGCUUACAUUUGGCGCCCGAGCAGAGUUUAAUCCGUUAGCUUAUAGUCUAAUCUAUCGCUUAGACAGGCCUGAGUCCACCCGGGGGGGUAAUUAGAAAUUAAUUAGUAUUAUAAUUUCUUGUGUGUGUUUUGCGUGUGUCAUCGUGACGUGCUGACAGAAUCACUGCAGAAGGUUUCCUUUUUUUAAUUUAUUAACUUAAUAAGGCUAUAUUUUUUGUGUGGAUAUUGUGUUAAAAUUUUUUAACCUCUUAUUUCAGACAUUUUAUUUUACUGACUUAACAUGCCUUAUUUUUUGUUGAGAUUGCGUUAAAUUUGUAUAAUUUCUUAUUCCAAACGUUAUUCAAAGGAAAACCUUCUGCUGGAAUUUUAUUUAGUUAAUUAUUGAACAAUUAAAUAUUGAACAGUUGGUGAUUGUUUUUAAGCAAUUUUGCUGAGACAUUGUUAUUGUCUGUUUAACUUAAACACUCAACUUUUAAUAAUUACAGUUUUGUUUUAUCAAUUUUUUUAUAAAAAUAACCAAAUUGAUUUACAAGGUCAACCUUUUAUGAGUUAAUGUAUUGUUUUACACAUCAUUUAACUGUCAGUUAUAACUUAACUUUACUUAAGUUUAAUAUUGUACUUAGACUUACUGAAACACACUUUAAUGGGAAAGCAUUUAUUUUUAUAUUGGUGUUUAUUGUUCGACCUUUACAUUGAACGUUGAUACAGCCUGGGGUCACAAAUUGAUUUGAACGUGUGCUACCUUAGGGAUUAGAUCCAUAUUGUUGUAACAUCAUGGGGGAACGUCCGAUAUGUUUCAACCUUUUAUUAAAAGAUGAAUUGACAUACGAGGCCACAGUCCGAGGUGUCAAACCUGAGGCCACUGCGGACCAAUUAAGAUUACAAUUAACAGAAUUGGCUACGCGGAUGCCUUCGGACGAGGUUAUUUACUUUGAGGGAGAUGUUACCUCAGAGUUAGAAAAAGUUAAAAACAAAAUUAAAGACUUGCAGAGCUCACUUUCAAAACCAAAUUUGCAGUUAAAACACAUCAAGCGUUGCGAAUCAUUGGCUAACCAUUUAUAUCACCGCUUAGGUCGUAUAAAUGCCGUCAGUAAGGAGGAGACUUGUAUGCUCGGAGACUUGCUCUUACAACUCGAAUCUAGGGACAGCGAACUGAAGUACAUUUCUAAAGCUUAUCAGGAGCAGGAAAAGAAACAGGAUAUCCCUGUCGUAGGGUGUAUAGAGCCAUGUCCUAAGGUGGACCACACACAGAUCCAAAAACUGAACCUUGUCUUUAACGGCAGUGAUAGUGUACAGGCAUUCGUGCAGCGACUGGAGGAGCUUUGCAAUUCUCGAGGUAUCUCUGAGGAGACGUUAUUUAAUUCCGUCGCAGAAAUUUUUAGCGGUGACGCCUUGUUUUGGUUUCGGGGUGUCAAGGAGGAGGUCUCGAGUUGGAAAGAGGUUAAGGCUCGUUUGUAUGAGGAGUUCCUGCCAUUCGAUUAUAAUCGGCGUUUAUUACAGGAGGUGCGGUCGCGGACACAAGGUGCUGAUGAAUCCAUCAUAAAGUACUUAAGCACAAUGCGGAAUUAUUUUUCUAGGCUCAGCGUGCCGUUACCGGAGUCAGAGCAGCUGGAGAUAGUACAAGGUAACCUUAGACCGUUUUACACGAGUCAGCUUGCUCUUACAAACGUCGGGAACUGGAACGAGCUGAAGGAACGCUGUAGGCAGCUGGAGUACGCCAAAUACCGAGCAGACUCUUUUGCGGAGCCGCCCCGAGUUUCUGCGAAUUCGGUAGCGCCGGACUUAGCCUAUCAGGCUAGGAACCGACUUUCGGUUAACGCCGUAGACACCGAGGUGGACUUAUUUUGCGUUCGUUGCAGGGUUCUUGGACAUGGCCUUUGGCAAUGUAGUGCACCACCCACCCAAUUGUGUUACUCUUGUGGUUUAAAGGGUGCCACCUUGCACACGUGUCCACGGUGUGGUCCGUCAGUCGCUGAGCCACCGAAACCACAACAAAAGCCAGAUCCUGCUGGACCAACCGUUGCUGGGGUAAGCGUGAACAACGAACAGCCUGGAACCAAAUCCUCCGGCAGUAGUAGUCGCCGUCGUCGCCGUCGCCGCCGCCGCCGUCGCCGCCGCUGUGAAGAGGCAGGUGAUGGAGACGCGGACAGUGGCUUGCGACCUUAUUUAGAUGUCGCGAUUUACCACCAUCGUUGCAGAGGGUUGUUGGAUUUGGGUUCUACAGUUUCGGUCAUUGGCGGAAAGGCGGCCCAAUCCCUCUCCAGUUGUGGUACGUUGUAUCCAGCUGAGGAGAAAUCCAUUAUCACGGCUAAUGGAUCACAUUCUCCGGUUUCUGGUUUUAAGAUUUUACCGGUGACUGUAGAGGAUGUUACGGCUUUCGUGAAAUUUUAUGUCGUUCCUGAUAUUUCUUCAGAAUUGCUGUUAGGUAUAGAUUUCUGGCGUGCUUUUAAUAUCGCACCUGAUGUUCUGAACCUACUCAAUAAAAGAGGAGUCUCUAAAAGCAGGGAACCGUAUGCAAGUGAGGUUAGACAUUUGAACUCAUGCAACGAGUUGAGUGCUUCGAAGUGUGUACCGGCUGAUAACGCUACUGCCAGUUUGGUAGUUCGUGGUCGUCGCUCACAGGAUUGCCAACUCAGUAGGGUUCGUCGAAGCAUGGAUUCAAAGUCGUACUUGACUGCUAGUUUGACUCCGAAUUACGAGAGGUAUACAGUAGUUCAACAAGUGUCUGGAUUUGUCUACAUUCUUGAAGAUAGCAAUGGGAACCAGACAGAGUGUCACGCCAGGGAUAUUCUCUGUAGAAUUGAUGUUCCGUAGGCCACCUUUGUGUGUGUUGACUUACUCUAUUGAGUAAGCCAGCAAUGCCAAGGGCUCAUUUACUAUGCGUCGUUGUGUUGCAAAGUCAGUGAAUAGUUUCGUAGGCCACCUUUGUGUGUGUUGACUUACUCUAUUGAGUAGGCCAACAAUGCUAAGGACUCAUUCACUUUGCGUCGUGGAGUUUUUUUUUUGUGUGAUUUUCCAUUUAAUUUAUUUCAGGGUUUAUCUCAUUGCUUAGGGACUCUACUGAGUCGGUGAGUGAUCUUAACCUUAUUGAUAUUCACUGGGUUUUCCAGCUAUUAUCUUUGAUUUAGGUUUCUCUUAAAUGAGUGACCCACAUAUUCCGAUUGUUUUAGGUGUUUAGGAUUUAAAGAUGGAGGGCCAUCUUUGAAUUUUUCUCGUACCCUCGAAAAAUUCUGGUGGGGACGGGGGUACUGUAACACCAUUAUUUUUGUAACUUAACAUUUCGUUUAUUGUUUACAUUCUGUUUGUUUACUUUGUUAGUCUUGUCAAGUAUCAGCUGUCAAAUUCGACACACAGGAUAGAUUUUCAGUUGUUGUCUGUGGUCCUUUGAGAAAACUCGUGCUAGAUCGUCAUCGGACAGUGGUCAGUGGCGACAUGACGCUCAGAAGAAUGAUCGUGCUGACUAGCCACAGAGUAGUUUUGUGACGAUGAGCUGACAUCCCCGGUGACGGCUUUUUUCGGAACUGGCAAGGAGGCAAACCAUUCUCUGUCAGAACGUCUCGAGUGAAUGUGUGGUUAGAUUUUUCUUCCCGCCCGCGUGGCGCAGGCCGUAUUGGUACCAAGUUCCUUGCUUCAUAUUUCCUGUUACCAGAUACGUGCCACAGACACCCACGCAGCAUCACACCAUGUGUACCUAACCUGAAUUGCCGAGUGAGUAAACUAGCAUUUCGUUGUUAUUCGAUUUCCGAUGACUUUGGAUUUCGAAAGCCAUCUGCCUUGUCUUUAUUUCUACACGUAGCAACGUCUAACCCCGCGUAUUUCUUUUACAGCGAUUUCAAUCCUGCCCGGUGAAGCGUGCGAUUGCCAGACGCGUGUCACCUGACCCAACCCCAAGAAGGUGUCGUUGGUGACCAGAGCCGUCAGCGAGCCACGAGCCGUCCGGAGCUCCUGCCCUGGCCCCGUCCGACAGUCCAGGUUGGCCGUUGUAUGUUCGUUGAGCGGAUACUGAGGAAUUUCCUUAGGAUUUCUAUUAAUCUUCAGCGGCAUCAGCCUUCUAACGCCGCUGCUGAAUGUAGGAUUGCAAAGGCAGAACCCGGGUGGACUCUAGCGGGUUAAAACCUUUAUUUUAUUAUUUUUUUUUUCUUCAUAGGGAGCCCCGUUAGAAUGGGCAGUAGUAUCUAAAUUGCACUUUGAACCUUUUGUAGGCGCUAGGCUAUCAACGUCCUUCGGUUACGGGGCCUUAACGUUAAACUGCUAUCCCAUUGAAGUAAUAAAGAAGUUCCUCUGUGGUUAAUACCAUCCUUCUACCCCUGUGGCGUGAAACGCAGCGGUGGAACCUUGGUUUCUCCACUCUUAUAUAAUUUCCUUGCAAUACCUUGUGUACUUCAACCAGAUAAUUAUAAGGACUUAAUCCCUGGUCUCAUUUAAGUAGUAUAAGAGUUUCUCUGUGGUUAAUACCAUCCUUCUACCCCUGUGGCGUGAAACGCAGUGGUGGAACUUUGGUUUCUCCACUCUUAUAUAAUUUCUAUAUAAUAAAUAUUAAUAAUUGUACAACA